AUGGCUGCCGACACACCGCAACAGGUGACUUUCGUUCUAUACCACUACUCUCCAUCAAUCCCCGCGGCUGCAAUAUUUGUCGCAGUGUUCGUCUGCUUGUCUAUCUGCCAUGGGUUUUCUCUCCUCCGCCAUCGCGCCCUAUUCUUCAUUCCGUUCGUGAUUGGACUUCUCUUUGAAGCAGCCGGCUAUGCAGCGAGAAUAUUCUCCCAUUCCGACCCACUCGCCCUCGGUCCCUACAUUGUUCAAACCAUGCUCAUCCUCGUCGCGCCGCCUCUUUUCGCAGCGUCCAUAUACAUGACUUUGGGCCGGUUGGUCGUAAACCUGGAGGCUGAGCAGGCGCUUUUGAUGCCUGUAAAGUAUGUCACCAAGACAUUUGUUAUUGGCGAUGUGAUAUCGUUCCUGCUACAAUGUGGAGGCGGGGGGUAUAUGGCUGCUGGGUCACUGUCCGCCAUGGAGGCCGGCGAAAACAUUGUCAUUGCCGGGCUUGCAGUACAGCUGCUUUUUUUCGGGUUCUUCAUUAUCGUCAGCGCGAUCUUCCACUAUCGAGCAAGGUCGAUCGCCAAACAUUAUGACUACGCGCAGCCGGUAUCUCCGAUCUUUCGAUUCUUCAACUCAACGUCAUGGGAGGCGAUGCUAUGGUAUCUUUAUGCGGCGUGCGUUCUGAUUUUGAUCCGCUCAGUCUUUCGCGUGGUGGAGUUUGUCCAAGGAAAUAAUGGCUGGAUCAUGAGGAGGGAGUAUCUCCUUUACAUCUUUGACGCUGUUUUGAUGGCUGUGCAGGCAAUGCUGCUGCUGAUUGUUUACCCUGGCAAGGUGGUGAAGCGGAGAUGCCAGACCGAAGGGGCACUGGGGUCUGAGGGACUGCCGUUGGCGGAAGCCCCGGGGAAAUAA